AUAGCAGGUAACCAGUCGACUCUCCCGCAUUUGCUUUCUGCUGCUCAAGAUGAGGGGCCUGGUGACUGAGAAGUACCUUAUAAUAAUGUAUCACGCGCUCUUCCAUUGCCACAUUACCUAUGGCUUGCUUCUGUGGGGUCAUUCAGCGGGGGCUGCUGAUGUGCUGAGACUGCAAAAGAGGGCUAUAAGAAUUAUAACAGGCAGAGAUCAUCUUGCUCACUGCAAGCCCAUCUUUGCUCGCCUUGGUGUGCUGACGGUCUUCAGCCAUUACAUCCUCCUGUGCUUGAUGUAUGUCAAGAUGAUACAGCAUACUCUGGCUGCCCGAAGUGACGUUCAAAACCACAACACCAGGCACCGCGAGCUGCUGUAUGUCCCUAGGAGACGUCUCCACCGUUCACAGACCAGCUAUAGAGUUUCUGCACUGAAAUUCUUCAACAAGCUUCCUCCUGGUGUGAAGCAGUUGGAUGAGGCCGCCUUCAAGAGAGCCGUCAGGAAGCUGCUUUGUAAUAAAUCAUAUUAUAUCGUAAAUGAAUUUAUGAGUGAUGAUCUGAACUUUUUUAAAAAGUGGUCACUGUUUUACCUGCCAUCUGAAUAGUUUUUGUGUUAUUGUGUAUAUUGAAAUCAAACUCUAUGACGCCAUCGAUACCACAAAUGUGGGUU